ACAAGCCAGCCCACAGGCCACAUCCGACGGCCCAUCCGGCCUUUCCCACUCCUCGCCGAUUCCUCCGACAGAGAGAGAGAGAACGCCGGCCGCAAUCGGGAACGGUGAACCCUGGCAGCCGGCAGCGUCGCGCCACCGACCCCUUUCUCCGCCGCCUCUCCUCCUCGUCGCCGGUGAAGAUGAUUCCCCAGAGCCAGAGCAGCUCCCUGCAGCGCCUUCAACUCGUCGAGAAGGUAACGGUCCGCACCCCGAUCUCGGUGGUUGUCAUUUCGGUUCCUUACGCUGGCUGGAUGUUUGUUGUGCGUGUGCAGCGGAUAGUGCGGGUGCUGGAGCUUGCGGGAGCGGUGAUGGAGGAGCUGGGGAACUCUCAGGGCCCUCGCAACGAUGCAGUCGCCGCGCACUGCCGCGAGUUCAUGAUCGCUAUGAAGGAAAUUCAAACAACGUUGCGUGAGGAAAUCAAAAGUGCUUGUGAAUAUCGUCCAUUUGAAAAGUGUGAUUAUAAUGCAAGGAUUGCUAAUGAGAUAUGCUGCAAGAAGCUGGAGUAUGUAAUUGAGAAGUUGGAUACCAUGCAACAGAACCUUGAACAGAGCAUGGAUGAUGUUUAGCGAGCUGGCUACACAGUAGUUUGGGAGCAACAGAUGAUCGAGCAGUACACAGAAGGAAUGUAUAAGCAUUCUAUGAACCUAUAAUUGCAGGAAGCUUUUGCUCAACUCUGGGACUGUAACUUGUGGUUUGUUUGUAUUCCAUGUUCUGUGACAGAGUUCUUAGUUUAGCUGCCUGCUGAUGCUCAGUAGCAUUGAUCUUGGCCUGAGUAGGAUAGGAGUAGCAUCCUUGAGCUUAAAAUCGUGGGAUUUUAAGGCAAUGUAUUUUACCGAUAAGAAUUUGCUCUUCUGUAUUGCGUGGACUCGGUUCAUCCUUAGAACAUGCCUUUUGGUAUAUUGUAAACUCAUUUUUCAAUGAUGACCUUCAUGUGUUUGCAAUGAAUGCUGUUUUAGUUUAA